CCACGGAGGCUCAUUUGGCCAGCAGGCUGAGUGUGUGUGUGUGAGUGUGUGAGAGUGAGGUGCUCAGGGCUCACCAUGGCUGGCAUGAAGUUUGAGUACGAUGAAUCAGGCUCUACCUUCUUCUACUUCCUCACUAGCUUCCUAGGAUUAGUGCUUCUACCUUGUACCUUCUACUUCUGGCCUGCCGUAGAGGGUGAAGAAGACCAAGAAAAAGAUCGGUGUGAAAUUUUCCAAAGAAAACACUCCAGGCUCAAGAAGCCAGAAAAAUGGAAAGGACUCCGAAAAACUACUCAGCGUCUCUUAAUCUUGACAGGCUGGGUGGUAAUGGCCUUCCUCGUGUACAAGCUACAGCAGUUUGAUUACGAAUACGCUAACUUUGACCCUUACGAUAUUCUGGGGAUUGGAGUGGGAUCAUCUAUUGCCGAAAUAAAAAAGGCCUACAGAAAGCAGUCUCUUGUAUACCAUCCUGAUAAGCCCACAGGCGAUGAACGCAAAUUUAUGAGACUAAAUAAAGCUUACCUGGCUCUGACCGAUGAUGAUGCCAGACGGAACUAUGAGCGUUAUGGUCACCCAGGGCCCGGAGCUAUGCAUUUUGGAAUUGCCCUUCCAUCAUGGAUUGUCGAGAAAGAAAAUUCUCUGUGGGUGCUUGGGCUGUAUGGCCUCGUGUUUAUGAUUGCGCUACCGACGGUUGUUGCCAUAUGGUGGUACAGGUCUUCCAAGUUUUCCAAUGAUCAGGUUCUUCUAGAUACAACUCAGUUGUAUUACUAUUUCUUCCAUAAGACGCCACAUAUGGUAUUCAAGAGGGCACUGAUGGUUCUUGCAGCAUCGCUGGAAUUUGAAAAAGGACAUAAUCCUGAGAUUGUGGAGCGCCCAACUGACAAUAUUGAACUACCACAGUUAAUCAAACAGCUACCUAAUCUUGGAGAGAAGAACAAGGAGCGUCCCCUGUGCUUUGCUUAUUCCAUGAAGGCUCGCUCAUUGUUGCACGCACACCUCUCUCGCAUGAAGCUGCCAGAUGCCACACUGGAUCAAGAUCGUCUCUACAUUGUAAAGUGCUGUCCCAUACUGAUCCAGGAGAUGGUGACCUGUGUUUCUCAGCUGAUAAUGCUAGCCCAUGCUGGUCGCAUCUCUCGACUCCCGUCUCUUGACACCAUCGAGGCUUGCAUGAAACUCUCCCCACAUAUUGUGCAGGCUCUCUGGGAUUCCAAGAACCCUCUUCUCCAGCUGCCUCACAUUACUGAAGACUCCUUAAGGCAUUUUGUAAGUAAACGAAGACCGGUGAAGACAAUUGAGCAACUUUUAUCUCUCUCUUCUACUGAGAGGCACCAUGUUUUACGCUCUCUCUCAGAGGAACAAUUCAGCGAAGUCAUGAUAGCCUGUAGGAAGAUGCCAAAGGUGGAAAUGAAUGUCAACUAUGAAGUUGUUGAUGACGACGAUAGUGGAGUUUUUACUGCUGGUGCAAUUGUUACUGUCACUGUAAAUCUACGGCGACGGCCAUUGGGAGAAGCAUUUGAGCAAAGCCUACAAGAUACUGAGCACAAGCCUGAAGGACAAGACAAAGAUGAGGAAACUGCUGAUGCAGUACCUGCUGCCAAGAAGUCUGGUUGGAAGAAGCCACAACCUAAGAAAGGCGGAAAAUCCAAGUCCAAAGCUCAGCCACCAAAGAAGAAGCAGCAGCAGUCCACAGGUAAAAAGGAAGAACUUGAGGAUGAAAAGAAAGAGAAAAGUAAGAAAGAUCAACUUGUUCUGUGGGUUACAGCAGCAGCGCCAGAGCAAGUAGAGGUCGUCGAAGAGAAAGCUGACCAAGACACAGAUGAAGAUGAAUCAGCUUCCCAUUCGGAUGAAUCUGUUGCUGAAGAAGCAGACACAGAGUCCCAUAAAGAAGAUAAGCAUGCAAAUAGCGUUGAUGAUGAUGCAGAAUGGGAAAGGUUCCAGAAGGGUUUGACCAAGAGGGAAAAGGCACUUGAAGGCAAAUCUAGGAUGUCGCACACGGUUCACUGUCCGUACUUCCCAGACGAUAAGCAAGAGUACUGGUGGACGUAUGUUUGUGACCGCAAGAAGCACAUGCUCAUCACUGCCCCUUAUCAGAUAACAAAUCUUGUGGAUCAUGAAGAAGUUCAGCUCAAGUUCACUGCACCCCAAAAGCCUGGUAUUUAUACAUACCAGGUUUGCCUGCGAUCAGAUUCAUAUUUAGGGUUGGAUCAGAGUCAAGACAUCAAACUUGAUGUGAAAGAGGCCAGAGAGAUCCCCACAGAGCACCCACAGUGGCAAGAAUGUUCCAGUGAUGAGGAAGAUGAUGAUGAGAAUGAUGUGGGUAAAGAUGACGGGGAGGACUCUGAAUAUACAACUGAUGAAGAAGUUACUGAUGACAGUGACGAAGAAUGAUGUGUGAACUAGGUGUAUAGAUCUGUUCUCUGUUGGAAGCUCAAGGCCAAGUAAUUUAAUAUCAUUUUUCUUUAUUUCAUUCUUAGUCGUUAUAGAUCAUGUUAGUGUUUUGUGUUUGCUAAACUACUGCAAUAGCCUCAACCUGUGAAACUGAAAUAUGGAGAGUAUUGAAAAAUGUGUGUUCAGGUUUACUCAGUACACCAAUAAUGUAAUAUAUUGUGGUUGAGAAUGAGUCAAAGGAAUUAAUAUUCGAGAAUUCCUGUGAGAGCUUUCAGAAUGGCUUAUCUUCUCAUAGAAGAUUGAAAGCCAAUGCUUAUAUCACUAGUUCUAUUUUUGAACAGUUCUUGGUAUAUUACGUAGAAAGAUGCAGCAUUUUCACAUAGUUCAAGUUUUGACUAGAUACGUGUGGAACAAAGACUUUUUUUUUUUUUUUGUAGUGCGAGUGAAAAAUAUUGCCGAGGUCUGCCUCCACAACAGUGCAUCUACUUUCAAUGAUGGUGGGUUUAUUGGUCCAUUACUUGUAGUUCAGAGGUAGAAUUUUCAUUGAUAUUAUUUCUUAUAAUAAGAUGAUUCAUCGUAAUACUGGAUCUAGGAUAGAUAUGAACUUAAAUUUGUGAUAUAUUUGUAAAAUGUUUAAUACAAUUAUAAGACUACAUGGUGAUGGCUUCAUGAAACAAGACUGAAGAUGCAUUUCACACCAAAGUUAUUUUUUUUCUGAAAUACAAACACAGAUCAGAACUUUUAUUGAGACUGUUUUGUCUGUACAACAGGUGAAACUCCUCAAUAAAUGUUUUUCUCUGCAUUUGACUAUUUCAUCAUUCUGUCAGUUGUUGCCAUCUUUCUCCAAGUUAUUUUUGCCACUGUUUAUAUAUUUUUUAGCAUUGCACAUUGCAGUCAUUCCAUAACAAGGCACUUUGGGAUGGGGUAACACUUGGUGAUUUAUAGUAUUUAUCUUUUUAACUUUGAGAUUGUUAUAGGUUUAAUAUACAGUAUAUUUUGUUCAUUCCUGAGGCAUCAUAGUUGAUAGGUCAUUUGCAGCACAGAAGCAUUGAGAGUAGUAAUGGGGAUGGCAUACUCAAGGUAAUCAUUAUAUAUCAUUACAUCAAUGUUUAUACAGGAGGGCUGCACAUAUAGUCAUCUUUUCGGUGUUCCACAUUUUCGUUGGCUUUCAAUUGAGCCAAUGUUCCACUUGCCUGUGACUGUUGUCAGCAGUUGGAAUGCAAGGAAAAAUUGAUUAGUUUGAAGCUAACAAAAACGUGGAACACCGAAAAGGUGCUGUACAUGCGGGGCUGUUCUAUGAUACUGAGUUGAUGUAUUAGAUAUGUUUAACACCUGGGUAUUUUGAUUUUGAAUUGAAUUGAGAGGCGUUGUUGGUUGACUGUCUUCAAAAUAAUGAUACCCAGGUGCUGCAGAUUUCUAAAUUCAUCACCUCAUUAUGAAUGUCAUCUGUCGUUGUUGAGAAAGUUUAGCACAAUUACCUAGAGUUGAAUACUGAAAGGUUUUGUCAACAAUUUGUAAAGGAUUAUUUUCAGCUAUGAGUGAAGUAGUGUACAUGAGAGUUCCUUUACUAUGUGCACAAUAAAAGUUUACAGAAUUUAGGUUUUUGUAUUUUACAGUUCAGUAUGAUUGUAUGUUUUUUUUUCUCACUUUAAUGCGUCUGGAAAGGCCCAGUGAUAUAGUUACAAGAUUCUUGAUAUUGCCAUUUCAUAUUUUCACUUCAGAUUCGUAUCUUUGCUGUCUAUACGAUAAUCAAAAUGAGGUUACUUAAUGAAAGAUCUUUAAUAAUAAUAAUUUAAUUUAAGAUAGUGGUAAAAGAAUAUUAAUAUAUAUAUAUAUAUUAUUGGUGGUACUGUAAUUCUUACAUUCUUAAUUUAUGCUAUUGAGCUUGUGAACUGAAAUAUCAUCUGUGGUAUAAUACACUUAGCCGGAUAAAAUUAAAAGUUUUGCUAUUGUGCUAGUAACAUUUUUUAAAGUAUUGAAAUACAAGAAAAAGUUGCUAUAAUUCUUUUGACACAAUUCCUUUGAAACUUUGAUGGGAAAGAGGUUGGUGGACGUGUGGUCAAGUGCUUGCCUGGUUAGAGUAGCAUUCCUGUGUGCUGCCAGACAACAUCAUUCAUAUCUUCUGAAGGCUUUCUUCAUUUAUUUAUUCAAUUAAAAAAAAUCUCAUUGCUUUAUUGCAGAUUUGAUAUAUAUUUUUUUAUUUUAUACAUUUUCUUGGAAUUUGAAAUAAAUAAAUGACAAAUUAUG